GUUUGUGUGGAAGAAAGUUGCCUUUACAGACUCACGGAGUAAUUCAAAAUGGAGUCAGGAUUGGCCAGAAUCCUCGUUGGACUCGCUGUGCAGAUAAGUCGCAGCGAUGGCCGAGUCCAUCGGGCCACAGUGAAGUCUGUCGACGCCUUCAAGUCCACCGUGAUGGUCGAAUGGUGCGAGAUCGGUUCCUAUCGAGGGAAGGAGCUGGACUUGAACGAGUUGUGUACACUCAAUCCAGAGCUGCUUGACCACAUCCAAUCCACCAUUAAUGAAUGUGAUGAAAAAUCCCAUCCUCAUCCUUCAGAGAAGAAGUACAAGGGCCGUCUGCGCUCAUCCCGGAUUCCUGGCCUGGCCUCCUCCUCGUCUACUGCAUCAGCGGACAAGACUGAAGAGACAGUUGUUGGUCGGUCUCAGGUUAGACAGACGAGCCGGUUCCAGCCUCAAGCUACCAUCUCUACGCCAUCUUCCAAUAGAAAUCCCCGACCGGUAUCCCCCGAGCUUGCAACUUCGUCAGACCUCACAAAUUCUGGGAUUCCUAAUGAGAUGACACAAAAGAGGAAGAUCAAACCAACUUUAUCUGUGCCCCAUGCCCGAUCAGCCAUGAAAGAAAAUGAUGAACCGGAGAAGAUUCCUCGAUCGUCUAGAGUUAGAGCUUCAAGCCAAAGGAAAACCGUGGUUUCCCAGGUGCUCAACAAAGGGAGCAAAAGACUGUCUAGUGUUGUCAAACCACCCGAGGUGCAGACCAAGAAGGGCAAGUUCAAAGAGCUGCCACGGCCCAACCAGAAAUUCUACGAAAUGAUCCAAGACUUCCGAGAGACCUUGGAAACCAUCCCGUUAUCAAUCAAUGACGUGACUGAACCUCAAAGGAUUUGUGUUUGUGUACGCAAACGACCCCUGAACAAGCAAGAGCUGAAUAGAAGGGAGAUUGAUGUGGUCUCAGUGCCUGGGAGAGGCGCCCUGCUAGUCCACGAGCCAAAGCAAAAAGUGGACCUGACCAAGUACUUGGAAAACCAGAUCUUCCAGUUUGACUACUCAUUUGAUGAAAAUUCCACCAAUGACUUGGUCUACAGGUUUACUGCAAAGCCUUUGGUGCAGUCCAUCUUUGAAGGGGGCAUGGCCACAUGUUUCGCAUAUGGGCAGACAGGAAGUGGGAAAACUCACACCAUGGGUGGGGAUUUCUCAGGAAAGCAGCAAAACUGUGCCAAGGGAAUCUACGCCUUAGCAGCCCAAGAUGUUUUCACCAGCCUCCAUCACUGGAAGUACAACAACCUAGAUCUGUCUACCUAUGUCAGCUUUUUUGAGAUCUACAAUGGAAAAGUGUACGAUCUGCUGAAUAAGAAGGCCAUGCUUCGGGUGCUGCAGGACGAGCAUCAGCAGGUGCAGGUCGUGGGCCUGGAGGAGGUCUACGUGUCCACUGCGGACGAGGUCAUUAAGAUGAUACAGCACGGCAGUGCUUGCAGAACAUCUGGUCAGACUUCGGCCAACACAAACUCCUCGCGCUCCCACGCCGUCCUCCAGAUCAUCCUCAGACGUAAAGACCGCGCCACCACGCUGCAUGGCAAGUUCUCCCUCGUCGACCUGGCAGGCAACGAGCGCGGCACCGACGUCAGCAGCAACGACCGCUCCACCUUGGUGGAGACGGCCGAAAUCAACCGCAGCCUCUUGGCCCUGAAGGAGUGCAUCCGUUCACUCGGCAUGAACAGCGAUCACAUUCCUUUCAGGAUGAGCACUUUGACCAAGGUCCUCCGGGAUUCCUUCAUCGGAGAGAAUUCCAGAACCUGCAUGAUUGCAAUGGUGUCGCCAGGAAUGACUUCAUGCGAAUAUACAAUGAACACACUACGUUACGCUGACAGAGUGAAGGAGCUGAACGGGAAGUCCAAAGCCAGCGUAGAAGCCAAAGCACAGGACCCUAUGAACUGCUCUUCGGAGGAGGACAAUGUUGUGGACACCAGCGUCUAUGAUGCCAUUAGCCACGUGGCGGACCUGGAGGAGAAGGUCUAUAUAGAGCUCCAGAGCCUUUGUCAGCGAGGGAAUGAAAUUGUCAAGUCAAUGGAGCAAACGUCAUAUAACAUUGAGGCUGGACUCCCCCACCUCAUGGACUUUUCACAGUCCUCCAAGUUAACAGAAUUAGUGCUGGCGUUGCAGGCUGCUGUGGCGGAGGAGGGAAAGGCCCGAUUCACCCACUGAGUCACCAAUCACAUUGUUUUUUGAUGCAAUUAACUGUUUAUCUUUAAUGAAUUAGGGUUUGUAAACUAACCCUAAAGGAAAUGAAUGUGAGUACUACUUAAAUAAAAAUGUUUAGCUUUU